AUGUCUGUGCCAUCCGUGAACGUCGAUAGUAGCAAAGAUGAUGUUGAUAAAUUCUACACAGAAGUGCAUGACUGGCUGAGCAUCGGUCUGUCUACUUAUGGAAAGAAGAGAAAUCCAAAGGAGAAGAUCAGGGAUAUGCUUGAAAUGUCUGCAUUCUUUAAUCUAUAUUCGAUUGUAUUCCAGCCCCGUACUCAGAAAAUCCCGCACCUGACCUUGUUUCACAUGACCCUGCGUCGGGUGUGGGCCCUUCAAUACACGAGUAAUGUAUUUAGGACUAGCACCUACCUUAUCAGGAAUGGCUCUGUCUUAUCUGGCUCUCGCCACCUAAUUGGCAUCUCCUCUAUCACCUACCUGCCUACGCGACAGCAACCUCACAAUUCUUGGAUCGUACAACCUGACCGCUUGGGCUAUAUUUGUGCAAUAUAUGUCCGGGAUCCAUGCCUCCUAACUUACGAUCACAAUAAAGUUUCCAGGCUAGAAGAGAGAGACUUCGAAAUGACAUGUAACAUUGUCUAUCGCAAAGAGGCGAGCGGACACUUAGGUGUUGAGAAACGAAGUAGGAUAUUGAGUCACCCUAACGCAGGGUCACGUGAGCCAAUGUCGCGUUCGACAUUGUCGAAUAUCUCUCCGAGCAUAUCCUCUGUUAAAAGAGUAGACUUACCGACAAAUGGUGGCAGUAUCGGGAAGAAGACGAACUUUGCAAAUAUGAACUUGGGGAGGCAAGACUUCAAAGGAAACGAUUACAAGAAAAGAGCGAACAGGAAACCGGAGAAGCAGCGGCUGCUUACGCCGAUAUACUUUAUGAUAGGAGUGAUGGCGGUAACUGUCCAACAUCUCCAGAUCAACGUUAAGUUCCUCGCUAAAGCUACUGCUGUAUUCUACGAAACCUUCGCGAGUACAAACACCCUGCCUGUUACAGGCAGCUGCUUAGCGGGACAAAUCCUCCAUUUUAAUGUACCGAAGAGGCGCCAGUACUUUGACAUGAAGCAGCUGAAAAGGGUACUGUGUCGAUUGGUACUUCCGGCGCAAGCGAAUUACCAAUCCUGGCUAAUGCGAGAUGACCCCCGCGGAAUCAGCCAACCCCGGUGCCGGUUUAGUCAGCAAACUCGUGUCAGUGUCGCAACCACCAUGGUACAGCUUGGCAUCGCCCGCCUAACCUCAGCCUUGACCAUACCUCCCGUCAACCAACUCAAUUCUCAGGAAACACCUAGUUACUUCAUGACUGCCAUCCGCACUGGUGGCCUCGGCGCAGAGGGCAUCUCAGCGCUGCUCAUCCCACGUUCGGAAGGCCUGCGAACGCGUCCAGUUCCAGUCAUCGCCAGAUCCCUCUCAGCAACAACAUACGUCAUGUUCGAAGACGUCAAGGAGGGUAACGGCUUCCGGCAGACCAUGCGCGAGACGUUCAAUAAGAAGCUGGUUGAGCAGCCGGUUGUGACGAAUAAGUUUAGCAAUAUGGGACAGCAGCAAAUUAUCUACGAGCUGGAGCAUCCGGGUGAUGCGGAUGGCGCGAGGCUGUUGGGUGGCACGACGGCGUUGUUGAAGGUUGAUCGUUUUAUCGCGCUGUCCCCAGCUUCACCGUUCCUGAUGGGUAGAUCUUCAAUUGUCGGUGGCUCCGAGGAUGUGCUUAUUGACCUUAGCAUACGCGAGGCACUCAAGCUGCACCAGCAAGCCGAAAAGGCUAGAUUGAAGCUUGACUUUCUAUUCUUGCCUUCUCCUGCUGAAUAA